UUUUUAGGUCUGUGAGUAGAUCACGUGACGCAGUGCAGCUGCAUCGUUGCUGGUCGUUCCGCCAACGAGGAGCUGCUCCAUCUUAGCAGUGCGCCAUGGGCCGCUUAGACGGGAAAGUGAUUGUGUUGUCAGCUGCUGCACAGGGGAUUGGACGUGCUGCUGCAAUAGCCUUUGCAAAGGAGGGGGCUCGUGUCACUGCAACUGAUAUUAAUGAGGAGAAGCUCAAGGAACUGGAUAAUAUUGAAGGAAUUAGGACCAAGGUGGUAGAUGUGACCAAGAAGGACCAAGUGGAUGCCCUAGCUAAGGAACAUGACCACAUAGAUGUCCUGUUAAAUGUUGCAGGAUUUGUGCACCAUGGCACCAUCUUGGACUGUGAAGAGGCCGACUGGGAUUUUACCAUGGAUGUGAACAUCCGGAGCAUGUACCUUAUGUGCAGAGCUUUCCUGCCCAAGAUGUUGGCAAAAAAGUCUGGAAACAUCAUUAACAUGGCAUCUGUUGCAUCAAGCAUAAAAGGUGUGGUGAAAAGGUGUGUUUAUAGCACCUCCAAGGCAGCCGUGAUUGGCCUCACCAAAUCUAUAGCUGCUGAUUUCAUUGAGCAAGGCAUUCGCUGCAAUUGUGUUUGUCCUGGUACUGUUGACACUCCAUCACUGAGGGGUAGGAUCCAAGCGCAACUUGACCCAGAAAAGGCUUAUGCGGAUUUCAUGGCGAGGCAGAAAACAGGCAGGAUGUGCACAGCUGAAGAGGUGGCAUACCUCUGUGUGUACCUGGCCUCAGAUGAGUCAGCCUACGUGACUGGCACGGAGCAAAUCAUCGAUGGAGGUUGGAGGCUUUAAAGAGCAUUAAGCAAGGCUGUCUAAUUAGUUAUAGAUCAGUGGUUCCCAAAGUCAACCUGGGCCCGGACCCCCAGUGAGUCGUUCAAAAAGCUCCCGGACCCCCAACCUCAACUUUUGCCAAUAAUGUAGUGCUGGACACAACUAUCUCUCUCCGCUAAGCUACCGGCACCAUAGGGCUGGGGCGUGGCGCUGCCUUAAUCACUCAUCUAGGCUGGACUCAAAAUAGGAUAAAUAGGAUGUGAGACAUAGCGAAAUAGAAGAAAAGCAUUUUUUUUGUUAUUUUCUUCAGAAAAACAUUUUAUUAUUACUCUGUCUAGGACAUUGUGUCGUGGACCCCCUGGGAAAACGUUUUUCACCCCUUGGGGGUCUGGGACCCCACUUUGGGAACCACUGUUAUAGAUGGUACUGUUAGGUUGCUCCAUUGUUAUUACCUAAGAUGAUUGAUAUUUUGUGAGAGGAAAUACCUGUGAACUGUCAAAUUAGAAAUAAACCAAUUAAUCACAACUCCA